AAAAUAAAAAAAAGAAUAGGGAUGAUGACGAAUACGAAACUCAGAAUCCUAUAACAAAAUUAAAUGAAAUAUAUUUUCCAUAUCGAAUUUGUAAAAUUUCUCAUAGUAGAUAUAUUAACAAUCCUAUAAAAUAUCAAUUGAUGUCUAUAGCUUAUUUUUAUGGAAGUAAUGAAACAUCUUCCAAUGAUGUAAUUUGGAAAAAAGGUGGUGCGAAG